AUGCCUACCUCGAUAGACGCUGCAGCCAUGGCACCGUCAACACUCGAUCUGUUCAUUCUCACCUUCAAUUGCGCCAAAACUUUCAUUAACCCUCCCGUCUUCGCUGCCCAUCUCCAUGGCGCUUUCGCAGCGCAGAAUACGGCGGACCUGCCAGACCUGGUUGUGUUCUCGCUCCAGGAGGUAGCACCGCUCUCCUACGCCUUCAUCGGCUCCUACUUUCUCAACUCCUACUACGCCCGCUUCGGGGAGGCGCUCAACCUCGCAUCGGCAAAGGUACUCGCGACAGCCGACAGCGACGAUGAACGUGCCCCCCUCUCAGCAGCCGCACCUCGCGGGAGGAGUCCACCACAAUACACCCUCGUGCGCGCGAAGAACGUCGGUAUGACGGCCAUUCUCAUGUACGCGCGAGACCCGACCUCCGUACGAAAUAUCGAGGAGGCAGAGUGCGGCUUUGGGGCGGCAGACAUGGGCAACAAGGGCGCCGUCGGGUUGAGGGUGACCUGGAGCGGGCAGGCAGACGAGACGGGGCUGAGCAAAACGACAGAACUCACCUUCCAUCGUCGCCGGCCUGACCUUCGCCAACCCACGAACCCUCCUCCCAGACGACUUCCCCGCCGACCAAGCCGGCCCCACCCUCGACCGCACCGGCGCAGGCGGAAGCUCAUCCCGCCGCCUCCCAACCGGCGACAGUCCCGACCCCCAGCGAAGAAGAACAAGAAGAGCUCUUCUCCUCAGAAGAAGAAGAGGAAAUUAACACACCCCCUCCUCACCCACCCGCAACUCCCCCCCACCACCUCGACCACCACCCUCGCCGCCCUACACUCCCUCUCCAUCUACAAACCCACCUCGCACCUCUUCGUCGCCGGCGACCUCAACUACCGCAUCAGCAACACGACCCCCCCACCCUCCUCCACCUUCCCCUCCUUCGACCCGUCCUCCGAACACCACCACUCCCACUUCCUUCCGCGCGACCAGCUGACGCGGGAGCGCCGCGCGGGCCGCGCCCUGCACGGGCUGGCGGAGGCCCCCGUGCGGUUCGGGCCGACCUACAAAUUCGAUGUGCUGGACGGGGCGGCGGUGCGCGCGGGGCGGGAGGUGGAUGGCGUGCCCGAGGUGCCGUGGCGGUUUGCGCCGCAUCGCUGGCCGGGGUGGUGUGAUCGGGUUUUGUAUCUGGAUGUGCCGCGGUGGGUUUCGGGUCCCUCCAAGCGGGAAGAGGAGAAAGUGCGCGUCCAGGUGGACGCGUACGACGCCCUCCCGCUGAUGGCGUGCAGCGACCACCGCGCCGUGUACUUCCGGGCGCGGGUGCCUGUUCUUGACGCGGAGGAGAUGGCGCCGCCGGCGGGGAUGGAGGCGGACGAGGACGGGUUGGUGGCGGAGGAGAGCGGCGGGAUGGUGGAUCCGCGCGUGCGCAUGCCGGUGCCCGUGGACGUGCAUGCGUGGGAGCGGCGGGCGGCGGGGAGGCGGAAGGAGAUGGUGGUGGGCUGGACGGCGUUGGUGUGGAGUACGAGGGAAGGGGCCGUGUUGUUGGCGACCUUGUUGGCGCUGGGGGUGGGGAGUUGGUGGUUGGACCAGGAGAUUUAA